CACUCGUUUUAUUGUCGAUAUUGAUACAGUCACGGUCGUUGCCCGAAUCGAAGCCUUCUUUCCACACGAAUCCACAUAUUACGGUGAUCUGCAUGUUUCAGGGUCCAGACUGCUGGCCAAGGGAUUAGGGUCUUUUUCUGCACUCCACGUUGUUUUGAUCGACCUUCUGUAACAGAAUUUCUGGGCAGUCGAGAAAUCAACGAUUUCGCUGUUUUCCACAUAUACGGGGCUUUCCGACGAGUCACACUAGGUUGUGCAAGGGGCGUGAUCAGUCCAGCUCACUUCCGGCCAAGGGGACAAUAACCCCGAUCGCUUGAUUUUCAAACUCCCAAUCACCUCACAUUUCACAUUCCAUCUUCAACAUGCGGUCGUUCUUUUUGACCGUGCUCUGCACUGUUCUCUUGCUGGGUACACUCUCCUCGGCUUGGCCAUGGAGGCCAAAUGGGUUGUUUUUAGGCGACUCCCUAGAUAAGCGAGCAGAUACUACUGAUACGGCGACUUCCGAUGCAGCGACCUCUGAAACUACGGCGACUACCAACACCGCGUCCAAGACUUCCUCCGAUACCACCACCGGCACAAACUCCAACACAAAGACUGCGACCGACUCAGAGACAACAUCUGGCACAAAGACUGACAGCACCAAGACCAAGACCACCGCCACCUCCUCGAUCUCCAUUGAUCCAGCUGCCGGUGCUGGAGGCGUGUCCAUGAUCACCCCGGGUUCCCUUUCCACAAGCUACUACAAGAUCGGCGAGGAUGUGACCUUUGUAUGGAACUACACGUCGCUCUCGGUCACACCAUCUGCAGUCAAUGUCGUGGCUUCGUGCAGCAUGAACAAGCAGGAAUAUACGUUGACCUCCAACAUGAGUGUGAAGGCCACUGGAAGUGUAGUCUGGGAUACGGGAAAAUAUCAGAGUUCUGCCACCAUUCCGUUGCUUACGGCGACUUAUACUCUCUUCGUCUAUGAUGCCAGCAAGGAAAUUGAUGACACUGCUUCUGCCGGAUAUCUGGGCUCACAGAACGGGUAUUCCUUCGGAAUGUAUACCCCGCAGCCUUACACCCCGCUCAAUGAAUUCGAAUGUGCCACCUGCAGCGGUGCUAUGUCUGAAACCAGUCGCCAGGCCCUCAAAUUCACUUUCGGCAUGGCUAUUAUCACGUUUGCCUCCUUCACCUGGUUUACUGGGACUGCUGGCAUAUUCUGAGAAGAACUGAGCUGCAUCACACUGAAUUUCUUAUGAACAUAUUUUCGAUAAUGGGCGUUGCAUUCUCGAAGCGAUCUGGGUACUAAUAGCAAGAAAAUGGCGUUCCGCAAAGCUGACAUUCGAUGGGACAUGUUUUGAUUUUUUUGCAUCUAUUUCUUUCUAAUAAGCGGCUCUGAGCAAUUGGUUUCUUUAUUUCUUUGUACUCUCGGAUUGGCACAUCAAUAUACUUCCUACCACCUCUGAUAGUGCAUAUGAACGCUGUUUAGAUGCUUCUCUUUUAUGCAGGAGAUGGUUUGCUGCGUCAACUGUCUAGAAGAUCAACAAAUUGUUCUUCACAUAGAUUGAACAAAGCUAAGACAUUUAUAUCAAAG